AUGCUGGAUGAGGCAGCCGGGGUGGAGUUCAACGGGUCCCUCUUGGUCUUGAACAGUUCAGCUUGCACCGCAGGGCUGCCCUGUGCCAACGGCUCAGAGCCAAGGAGCCCCCCACGCCUGGUGGACGCCUGGCUGGUCCCCCUCUUCUUUGCCGUGCUGAUGGUGGUCGGGCUGGCGGGCAACUCCUUGGUGAUCUUUGUCAUCAGCAGGCACAAGCAGAUGAGGACCGUCACCAACUUCUACAUUGCUAAUUUGGCGGCCACAGACAUCAUCUUCUUGGUCUGCUGCGUCCCCUUCACCGCUGUGCUUUAUCCACUCCCGGGGUGGAUUUUUGGAGAGUUCAUGUGUAAGUUUGUCAACUACAUCCAACAGGUUUCAGUGCAAGCCACCUGCGCCACCCUGACAGCCAUGAGCAUCGACCGGUGGUAUGUGACCGUGUUCCCUCUUCGAUCCCUGCGCCAGCGCACUCCUCACGUGGCAAGGGCCGUAAGCAUCAGCAUCUGGGUUGGGUCUUUCGUCGUCUCCACCCCGGUGCUGAUCUACAACCGCCUGACCGAGGGCUACUGGUUUGGCCCACAGACGUACUGCAGUGAAUCCUUCCCGUCUGUCGCCCAUGAGAAGGCCUUCAUCCUCUACAACUUCCUGGCGGUCUAUCUCCUGCCUCUGCUGAUCAUUCUUCUCUGCUACACGGCCAUGUUGUACCAGAUGGGGCGCCCCAUGGUGGAGCCGGUGGACCACGCCUACCAGGGCCAGCAGCUGGCGGAGCGGUCCGAAGCCAUGAGAGCCAAGGUCUCCCGCAUGGUUGCCAUCAUCGUGGUCCUCUUUGCCGUCUGCUGGGGCCCCAUGCAGGUCCUCAUCCUCUUCCAGGUCUUUGGCCCGGGCCUCCAGCGCAACUACUACACCUACAAGGUCAAGAUCUGGGCUCACUGCAUGUCCUACACCAACUCCUGCGUCAACCCCCUGGUCUAUGCCUUCAUGGGGGCCAACUUCCGGAAGGCCUUCAAGAAGGUCUUCCCCUUCACCUCCAAGCAGAGAGUGGGCAUCUCCAACGCGGCCGGCCGUGCCAACGCCCACACCGAGCUCCGGUUCCUCUCGUCGGGGAUGUAA